AUGACGACAAAAGCUGCACAACAGGCUGCGAGGGUCGUCAAACCCGAACGAUUUCCGCUCUUUCUGUACAAAAGUAUUCUCCGGUACGUUUUAUCACUGCAAACAGCUCAAUAAUUCGAUUUUCAGACUCCACUAUGGUUUGCCAAAGCCGGCACGUCUUAUGGGCGACAUGUACGUGAAGGACGAAUUCAAAAGACAUUUAAACGCAAAGCCAGAGUUUGUGAAGCCUUUUAUCACAGAAUGGACGGUACGAACCUACUUUUUGUGGAGCCUGUUGUUUAUUUUUCAGAAUUACUGUGUGAUGCUGUCAAAGCAACUCUCGAGCGCCGGAAUCCGAAAAGGAAAUAUUGGAAAAGUUGGAGAAAAUUUGAAACUUUCAGUGUUUUAUCGGAUUUUCAGGAUUUGGAUGAAGAGAAAAUGGAACAAUUGAGCAAUGAGCACAUUCAGCAGUUGGUGGAACUGCGCGUGGAAGCCGACCGACACAUGGGACGCGACGACUUCAUGCGGAACUUGCAAGCAGUGACGGAAAGCCGAGAGAAACCGCUGUGA